GGCAGCGGCGGCGGGUGGGUUUCCUGCGGCCGCCUUUGAGCUGACCCGGCAUGGCGGUGAUGGGGGUGCAGGUGGUGCUGAGCCUGCUGGCAGCCAGCCUCAUGCAGAGGAUGGCCCCACACUGCUCCUUCGCUCGCUGGCUGCUCUGCAACGGCAGCCUGUUCCGCUACAAACACCCCUCGGACGAGGAGCUCUGUGCCCUGGCAGGGAAGCAGCGGCCCAAGGCCAAGCGGGACAGGAGAGUGAAUGGUGUGACAGAUGACAAACCCAUCUCUGUACCCCGAGACAUCGACCUGCACCUGGACACCAGCCCCAUCACCACUGUGGAUGCUCUUGUGCUGAGAUAUUUCCUGGAGUACCAGUGGUUUGUGGAUUUUGCUGUCUAUGCCACGGCUGUGUACAUCUUCACUGAGGGCUACUACUGCCUGGUGGACCCCCAGAAGGAGACAAACCUCGGGGUGCUCUGGUGCCUGCUGACAGUUGUGUUCUCUGUCAAGGUUUUCUUCAUGGUGAUGUGCCAUUACUUCCACUCAGAGGAGGGAGGGGAGCGCUCUGUCUGCCUCACCUUCGCCUUCUUCUUCCUCCUCCUCGCCAUGGUGACCCUGGUCAUCCGUGAGGACUACCUGGAGUUUGGCCUCGAGUCUGGGCUGGCUGGUGUCAGCAGCAACCUGGAGAGCAUCCUGAAGCAGCGGGGCUGGGAGUGGACGCUGCCCCUUGCCAAAUUGGCCUUCAAGCUGGGGCUGGUGGCCCUGUGCUCCUUCCUGGGCGCCUGCCUGACGUUCCCAGGGCUGCGGCUGGCACAGACACACCUGGACGCGCUGCGCUUGGCAGCCCACAGACCCCUGACCCAGGUCCUGCUCCAUGUGAGUUUCCUGGCACCUGUCCUGGUGGUGGUGAUGUGGAUCAAGCCCAUCUCCAGGGAUUUCCUGCUCCACGCUCCCAUGGGCAAGCACACAGUGCAGCUCCUGUCAGACUCUGCCUACAGCAGCGCUCGCCUCUGGGCCAUCGCCGGCCUGUGCCUGCUGCGCCUCGGCCUCACCCGCCAUCACCUCCAGGCCUACCUGGGCCUGGCCCAGCGCUGGGUGCAGCACAUGAAGAGGGGAGCUGGGCGCAUCCCAGGCCUGGAGAUCCAGCGGCAGGUCACCAGGAUCUACUGCUACGUGUCCGUGGUCAGCCUGCAGUACCUGGGGCCCGUCAUCCUCACCCUCCACCUCACCCUGCUGCUCAAGACUCUGGGACACUACUCCUGGGGGCUGUACCCAGAGCCCUCUCUCCCUUCAGCCACAGCCCUGCCCCGUGCUGGGGGGCAGGAGGGGCAGGACGUGCGUGUCGCCGUGGAGCAGGUCACGGGCGUCCUGGGCAGCAUCUUCACUCCCCUCUUCCUCCGUGGACUCUUUGCCUUCCUCACCUGGUGGGUGGCUGCCUGCCAGGUCGUUACCAGCCUCUUUGGUCUCUAUUACCACCAGUACCUGGCAGCCUCCUGACUCCAAGGAUGUGCCUCAGGUGGUGCUCAGCUGCUGGUUCCCUCCCUCCCGCCUGGGUCGCUUCCCCGCCUCUGCCCGUGCUGGUGGCACACGUGGGCACACACAGGGGGAUGCUUCUGCCCCCAGCUCUUGGCACAAGGGCUUUUCUGCAGCCAGGCCAGCCUGAGCAUCCCUUGCUCCAGCUGCUGGUCACCACUGUGCCUGCUCCUGCCUGCCUGAUGCUGUGAUUGCCUCAGGGACGGUGGUUCCUGCCAGCCCUGGGCAGAGGCCUCGCUGGGCAUCACCCAUGGCACAGGAGAGGCAUCACCCAUGGCACGGGGGAGGCUUCAGCAGCAGCUUGACUUUGGCAGCAAGGACUUUGGGCUUUGCUCUGCCAAGUGUUUGCCUCCACUGGCUGAGGGUGAGUGUGUGUGUGUAGGGUCACUGCUCUGGCCAGCCAGGUUGGAGCUCCUUUGAGGGGAGGGGGGGUCAUCCCUUUGCUUUGUGUGAAAUCCUCAGGCCCAGCAGCCUCAGCUGUUGGCUGUGUUAGAAAUAAAUAAGGAACCUCAGAGGUUG